GGAAGCGGCGGAGCGACGAGGCGACGUCGCGUCUCUGGAUCUCCAGCAGCUGCCGCGGAGCCGUCGGACCGACCGCGGGACCCGCCCGCCCCGCCAUGGCCGAGAGCGACUGGGAUACGGUGACGGUUCUGCGCAAGAAAGGCCCCACGGCCGCGCAGGCCAAGUCCAAGCAGGCCAUCUUAGCGGCCCAGAGACGAGGAGAAGAUGUGGAGACGUCCAAGAAAUGGGCUGCCGGCCAGAACAAACAGCAUUCGAUCACCAAGAACACGGCCAAACUGGACCGGGAGACGGAGGAGCUGCACCACGACCGGGUGACCCUGGAGGUGGGCAAGGUCAUCCAGCAGGGCCGGCAGAGCAAGGGGCUGACGCAGAAGGACCUGGCGACUAAAAUCAACGAAAAGCCGCAGGUCAUCGCGGACUACGAGAGUGGGAGAGCCAUUCCUAAUAAUCAGGUUCUGGGCAAGAUAGAGCGAGCCAUUGGCCUCAAGCUCCGGGGGAAGGACGUCGGGAAGCCCAUCGAGAAGGGGCCCCGGGCGAAGUGAGCACAAAGCCUCGAAACCCACGCCCCGGCUGGUCUUGUCUGGUUGGCUCCCCUUGACCCCCAGCGCCAGCACGGGUCUCUUCGCGUGGCCGAGCGGGACUCGGGGUGUCAGUCCUGCCCGGGGACCCCCUCCACCCGAACCUGCUGUCAAACAAAACCUUGCAACAUGUUUGCUUCUCCUGAUUGUUUUUCCUCCCUACCCCCCAUCCUCAAAUUGAGGUGCAAAAUGCCACUGUUCUCUCCCGAGGUGUCAGCCUGGCUGUGGGUGUGGCUCCGGGGGGCGCUGAGUGGGAGCCCGUCGUGGGUGCAGGGUGCUGGGGAGGCCCAGUCGGGUCCAGGAGGGGAAGAGGCCACCUCCAGUCUGGCUGAUAGAGACGCUAAUAAAGGUUCGC